AUGUUGAAAAAUCAAAUUUGUGCUUUGAUAUGCCUGCUUCCAGUUUUUAUUUGCUCUGCACAGCAGUCUAAUGGCAGCAGCACUAAAUUUUCCUUUGCCAACUUUACGCAAAACAACAGCCAGCAGCUCAUAUACAUGGGGGACGCUAACUUUUCUGCUGAAUAUGGUUAUAUCAAUCUAACGCCAGAUUUAAACCCCACUAUAAACGUUUCAUCUAUAAACGAAACGGCUUAUCUUCUCCAGUCUAUCGGAAGGGUUCUGUACCGCAAGCAGAUCACGAUGUGGCCGGCGAGUUUCACCACCGCCUUCACCAUCUUCGUGAAAAACAUCACAGCCGUCAGGAAUUUCAAUGGCGACGGUAUUGCCUUCAUCAUUGUAUCAGAAAACAAAAAAAGCUUUAUAGCAAAGAGCAGCGGGGCAUUCCUCGGCCUCUUCAACCAGUCCACGGACGGAAACACGACCGGCCAGCUUGCCAUCGAAUUCGACACAUUCCACAAUGAAUUUGACCCAGUCGACGUCAAUCAUGUGGGCAUCGACAUCCAGGGCAUCAAAUCCAACGCAACUGCUAGUAUGGAAGAGCACGGCAUGGAUAUCCAGGCUGCGCGAGCAAUACAAGUCCGGGUCGACUACGACGGGUGGGCUAAAUCCCUGCAAAUCUAUGCGCGCUAUGCAAACAGUCCGUGGUGUUGCCGGAGUCUUCUCUGA